GACAGUCAUACUUGAUUUUUUCUUAGGGGUUUGAUUGUUGUGUGUUUGGAAAAGUAUUCCAGAAGUAUUGACCUCUUAUCGAAAAUAUUUUUUUGUGUUCAUAAUAUUCAGGGCGUACUGCUAAGUUAGCGAAAUGUGUGCAGAUAUGAAAUGAAGAUAAAAGACAAUAUAAUGGACUUAAAAUUUCGUAUUAUUUUCCCGCCGACGUAAUCUUUCAGCGAUGACUUCAUGAUAGGACAGGCAGCUUCACAUACCUACCGUCAAAAAGAGACAAGUAUCAAUUGACUGAUGCAUAGUAAUAGCAAUGUAGCCAGUUGUGAUUGUGAUUAAACCCAAAAUAUGUUGAACAUGAAAGAUGUAGAUAAUGAUGUGCCGUAUAAUAUGAGUGAAAUAUGUCGUUUAUGCUUAUCAAAAGACGGAGGCAUUUUGCCAAUUUUUGGCGAAGAAGAAAGUGGAAAUCAGUGUGUACCCCUUUCCUUUAGAAUAUUGGCCUGUGUCUCAAUUGAGGUGUCGAUAAGUGACCUACUCCCAAAACUGAUAUGCCAGAAUUGUUUGUCUCAAGUGAACACAUGGCACAUGUUCAAGCAGGUUUGUGACUCUUCCCAGGCAACACUCAAGGAAUGGCUGAACAAAUUGCAGGAACAGGCCGAGCCAGAAAAGAGCAUAGAGGUGAAGCAGGAACCACCUGAUGAAGAUGACAUGAUAGAAAUACAUGAUGAUGUUGAGUCAAGAGCAAAUUCUGUUCUGUUGGACAUAAAACAGGAAGACAUAGAAGUUUGUGAUGUUUGUGAUGAAGCAGAAGACUUGAAUAUUGAAGUUUUGCAUGAUCCAUUAAGUUUGACAGCAACAGAUUCUGCUAGAGCAUUGCCAGUGAGACCUAUCAAGAGUGAACCCAUUGAUGCUGACCUUAUAUUAGUAGAACAGUUAGGUACAGAAACGUCAAAAGAAAAUGAUAAAGUGGAUCCAUUUGUAGCUGAUGUGCAGUGUUUUGAUGGAACAAAUAAUGUAGUCAUUGAAGUAGGGAAAGAAAUUAAAGUGGAGUUUGGCAAUCUAAAGAAGAAACCAAAAAGAAGGAAGCCAUUAACUCUUCGAAAGAAGAGACUGUCCUCUUCUCCAUCAGAAAUCGAUCAAGAUGAGAAUGCAGUUCUGUCCGGCCCAAAGCGAUAUUUUUGUUUUCCUGCUGCCGAUGGAAAACAGCAUUAUUAUUGUAUUCCAUGUGGGAAAUCAUUUCCAUUUAGGUCAUAUUACUUGAGACAUGAGAAAGUUCAUCGUAAAGCCCGUCACAUUUGUGGUUAUUGUGACAGACAGUUUUCAUGUAAAUCAAAUCUAGAUAGACAUGUAAGGUUACAUACUGGACAGAAACCAUAUACUUGCCAGGAUUGUUCUGAAGGUUUCCAGAACCGGUCUGAAUAUACAAAGCAUAAGCUCACAUGUAGCACUUUCACUGCCAAGUCAGAACCUCCAAAACCUGAAUCGAGUGUUCCCAUGACAGCAGAUUCUAACAUUGGAGACUCAUAUCCUUGCUACAUCUGUAGACAGACAUUUGACACUGUAAAUAAGUUACAGUUGCAUAGAAGAAGCCAUGACGAGUUCUCUUGCCGCAGAUGUGGUAAAUCCUUUAAUGGUGGAAUAGCUCUUAGUAAUCAUUUGAGAACACACAAUUUUGAUGGUUUCAAACGUUAUUCAUGCAAGAUAUGUAAGAAAACAUUCAGCAAUGUUACAUCACUAGUGAGUCACAAGAGAUUCCAUACAAUGAGGGGACAUGUUGCUGCCUCCACUGCUGCUGUAGUUGCAACUAAAACCACUCCCAGUGCUAUAGUUUCAAAACCAGUGGUAAAGAAUGUUAACAUGAGCCACAGUAAUGGAUAUAGUUGUACAGUUUGUAAAAAAUGGGUCAAAACUCAGUCUGUUCUCAGAAGACAUAUGACAAGUCACACAAAACUUAAACUGUUUUCCUGUGUGAUAUGCAAUAUUUCAAUGGGAUAUGCUUCAUCUUUGCACAAACACAUGCGAUUGGCUCAUAAUGUGGAGAUGAGCUACAAGGAUAUUCGUGCAAUGUUCAGUGUUCCAGCACUAGAAGAACAAGAAGCAUUAUGUAUGGUAGAGCAGAGUAGUAAAAAAUCUGUUGAGAAAAAUAAGAAACCAGAAGGUGAAAAGGAGGGAGUGAUCACCAUUGAUGUUCCAUGUGAGGACAUCGAUGAUGUGGAGUCUUUUGUUAAGUAUGUGUGCACAUGCAGUGUCUGCUUUAAGAAAUUCUCAAACAAAAGACUGCUUGAGAACCAUAUGAAGAUCAUCCACAUGGGUGGAAGAGCAUAUAAAUGCAACAUCUGUUCCAAAUUGUUUGCAUACAAACACUUGUUAAUAAAGCAUGCCAAAAUCCAUUCAGGUAAAGACCAUGAAUAUACAUGCAAUGUAUGUUCAAGAACAUUCCCAGAUUUGAAGACUUUGAAUAAUCAUAAGGGCGUUCAUACGCGAUCAAAAUAUUAUACAUGUCCUAUUUGUUCAAAGUCAUUUAAUGGUUUGAAGAAUUGGGAACAGCAUCAGAGACUUCAUAAUUCAUCCAUAAGGUUCCGGUGCAAGCUAUGUGGGAAAACAUUUAUAUCCAAAGCUGAGUUGUAUGAGCAUAAAAAAAUGCACAUUAAGCUCAAGAUAUAUACUUGUGGUGUUUGUAAAAACUCCUAUAACAGUUCUUCAACCUUAAACAGACAUAAACGAAAGAAGCACGGAGGUGCUUUGGGAAUGAGUCCAUAUGCUGAAGAUUCUGAAAGUGAACUGGAUGAAGAGGACCAGUGUUUCAUAUGUAACAUUUGCAAUAAGACUUUUGCUGAUUCGGCAUCACUGGGUAAGCACAAGCUGAUCCAUGUGAAGAGAGACUUUUGCAAGAUGGAUGAAAUAUCAGGUACUUCAGCAACAGAGAACCCUUCUGAUGACACUGGAUUGACAGAUCCGGUGUGGAAAUUUCCAUGUCUGUUAUGUCAGAGAGAUUUUCCUGACCAGAUUUCUUUAAGCAAGCAUAAAGGAUGGCAUUCCAGGAAACCUUUGGAACCAGACCAUUUACUGCCAUUUAAAGGAAAUAAAGUAUAUGUAUGUGGUUAUUGCAAUAGAUCAUUCGCUAAUAGUGGAUCAUUAUCCAAACACAGAAAACUAAAUUGCCCUCCUAAAAGAAAUUAUAUUAAGAAUCUAAUACCCACGGCAUUGAUUCCAGGAAAAUCAGCAUUAUCAGUCAAACCAAUACUGCAUUCAAUGAAAACAACAACACAGGUAAAAGAAACCAUUCUUUUAGGAAAAUCAAAAGUUUCUUCAUUUGCAAAUGCUCCAAAAAUUGAAAAAGCCAGACACUUCCCAUGCCUGAUGUGUGAAAGGGUCUUCAGUAGUAAGAAGGCUUUGAUACGACACAAAGGAUGGCAUACAAGGUGUCCCUCCCUAGGGAAGGAACAGCCACCACCAGCUGAUACUCAAUUAGAAAAUACUGAAAAGAAUGUGACUGAGGGACAAAUGGUAUCGAAACGCCGUACUUGUAAUGUAUGUUUCAAAGAUUACAGUUCUUCAUCGACUUUGAGCAGACACAAGAGAUUGCAUACAAGGAAAAUUCUUCCAAGCAUCAAGAGUAUCGUAAAACCACUUCCUGUAACCAAUGAUAAUAAUGAAGAAGCAGGUCACGAAGGUCUGUAUUCCUGUCAGUAUUGCAGGAAACCAUUCCGAAUCAGAAAACACCUUAUAGACCAUGAGCGUGUUCACACAGGCGAACGUCCCUUCUCAUGCAACCAGUGUUCAUUGUCAUUUUCAAGAAGGGCCAUCUUGUGGCGUCACAAAAAGACUCAUUUAGGCUUUCGGCCAUAUUCCUGCACUCUUUGUUCUAAAUCGUUCCUCAUGAACUUUCAACUCACUCGACAUAUUGCUGAAAAACACAUGCCUAAGGAUACAUAUGCCUGUCAUAGAUGUGACAAAACAUAUCGUACCAUGUUGGCAUUAAGAAAGCAUGAACAGUCGAUGCAUCCAGCACCUGUAGCAACUUGAAUAGUUUGAUCAUUAUGUUUAAGGUACCUCUUUAGAUAUACCUGUAUUAUUAUAUUGUAAUAAUAAUUUACUAUGAAUGUUUCCAUAGCAGGUUAUGAGGGCUGAUUGUAUUCCCCCUCCCCCAAGUCAUAGACUUGUAAUGAUGUAUUGUAUGAUUGGUGGGUGUUAGAGAAUAUGUACUUUACUAUUAUUUUUUUUUUUUUUGGUACUUUGUAGUUCUCCUUAUAUAGUGUGAUAUAGCAUUCACAGUUCUAUAGCAAGAAUUCCCUUCUUGUGGUAUGUGUACUAUAUUCUGAAAUUUGACAUUUGUUAUCAGUGACUGUAUAUUUGGGAAAAAUGAGUUUCAAAGGAGGAAUUUCAUGCCCCCUAUAGGGGAAUAUAUUCAUUUUAUGCAUAUUACUGAUUCAAAAAGCAUAAAUUGUAUUUAAUUUCUGGACAUUUUGUGUAAGUUUUUUUUUUUAAUAAAAGUUAAUUAAUAUAUCUUGUUUUUGUGGUGACUAUGUAUAUUCAGUCUGUAAGUAUUUAAAUUUUUCUUCAACAAACAGUGGUCCGUAAACAAGAUGAUGCUGUAUUGAUCUCACAUGUGGAUUAAUGAAAUUAAUAGUGACCGUGUCUUGCUAAAAUCUUGGUAGCUCAUAUUUGGCCACAAAUAUAAACUAAGACACCUGUGUCUGCAUCUCAGUAUAGCAUCCUGAGAAAAAUGGUGUGUUUAUUUUUAUUAUGUAAUUGGUGGGUGAUAUGAGGAUUUGCAUGAGUAAGAAAAAUUUUUCAUUAGGAUCUCAUGGUUUAAAGUGUUUGUUUUGAAAUCAUUUGCUGUUAAUAGUUUCAUAAUCUUGAUAAAUUGAACACAAGUUUUACAAUUUGUGAUCAUGUAAAAUUGACAUUUUAUGGUCUCGAUUUAAUACACUUGUCGCUAUGAAGUAUUUCAAUAUUCUGCAGUUUCAUAGAGCAGAGGAUGGUAAUGGAUUUUAUAUACAGAUAGGCCCAAAAGACAUUAACCUGAAACAUCCUCUUAUAUUAACAUAAUUUUUAGAUUUGAAACUGCCAGUCAACCUAGAGAAUGUUAUCACAGCAUUAUGAGUUGUUCAUUCAACAUUGAGGAUCUUAUUUGAACAGUUUUCAUAAAUUCAGUAAGUAUGAAAUAAAUUUCUGACAUUUUAAUUAACAUAUUACUAACCAGUUAACUGACUUUUGGGCCAUUGUGUAGAUCAGAAGAUAUAAGGAAUUUGAUUUGUUUCAUUCUGCUCCAUCACACUAACAAUAUCAUGAAACGUUUACAGUUCCAUCUAGUGUGACUGGUGAAGAUUGAAAUUGAAAUUGAAAUAAGAAAAAUCUUCACUAGUCACACUAGAUGGAACUGUUAAACUUUUCAUGAUUCAAUAAGGAAUUCAUCUUGCACGGGUUAAGCAUUAAGAGCUGUUGCAUAGUUAUUAAUAGGUGGCGAUGUCACACGUAUAAUAGAGUUGUUAGCUUGAACAUAUGAUUUCCGUGGCGAUGUCACAUGUAUAAUAGAGUUAUUAGCUUGAACAUAUGAUUUCCUUACAAAUGGUCAAGUCAGAAAUCAAUGAAUAGGAUAGCCAUAUCACUUGCCUCCAUCAAAAGUUUGAUUUUGUUUAGUAACAAUGGAUAGUAUUCACUCUUUGUAAUUGGAAGUUGAAGAAAAUCAUAAAUGAAAUAAAUGAUAUAUUGUCGAUAUUUUGUGGCACAAUUC